GACUUCACCACGUCCACCCCUCUCCCUCUCCCAUUCUCACAUCUCAACCAUUCCUCGCAUAAGCUCUCAUCGUCGCCAAGGAAAGAGAUAGCGCACCAUGUUCAGAAACAUAAACCCUUUUGACGACAUUGUCGCCAAUGCAACAAGCGAGAGUCUGACAUCCGAGAACUGGGAUCUCAUUCUCACCAUCUGCGAAAAAGUGAAUCGUUCAGGAGACAACUCAGGCCGCGAUUGUCUGGCAGCGAUUCAAAAACGACUCAGCAACAAGAAUGCCAACGUAAUUCUCUACUCACUAACUCUUUGCGAGUCGCUUGCCAAGAACUGCGGAUUGAAGGCUCAGCGAGAGAUCUCCUCGCGCGCUUUCACAACCCUCCUCGUCAAGAUCCUGAAUGAAAAGACAACCCACCCAGCUGUACGACAGAGGAUAUUGGAACUUAUUCAACAAUGGGCAUUUGAGUUCCGCGCAGACCCUUCGCUCGGAAUCAUGGAUGAAACAUACCAGCAGCUGCGCACGCAAUCCAAAUUCAAAUUUCCUUCACCACAGAAACCCAAGAAGGAACUCAAGAGCGAAGCAGAUAAGCGUAAGGAGGAAGAGGAACUUCAGUUGGCACUGGCACUGUCCCUGUCUGCUAGCGAGCACUCUGAGAGGAGACCGAGCUCUAAAUCAGCACAGCAUCCAGAGGUCGCAGCUGCGCCAGUGAAACGUGUGCGCGCUCUGUAUGAUUUUGAACCGACGGAGAGUGGGGAACUUGGAUUUCAGAAGGACGACGUUAUUGUCGUUUUGGCCACAUCGUAUCAGGACUGGUGGAAGGGAGAACUGUAUGGCCGCCAAGGAAUCUUCCCUGUGAACUAUGUCGAGGAAAUCAAAGAAGGAGAACCAAGCCAGAAUGGAGGAGUUGGGGAUGAUGAGGCACAAGUGCUACAUGAGGCCAAGAAUAUCGAUAACCUGCUUCAGAUGCUCCAGAGUGUUGAUCCUAGGGUCGACAACUUUUUAGAGAACGAUGUUUUACAGGACGCAUACAACAAUGUCCUUGGAAUCAGACCUAGACUGGUCGAGAUGAUCAAGAUGCAUGGGGAAAAGAAGGAUGAGAUGAUGCUCCUGAACGAAAAGCUGGCGAGGGCACGGUCGACCUACGAAAAAAUGAUGGAGCAGUCGAUCGCCAAAUACAGCAAUCCAGCCUACAGCGCCUACCAACCGCAGCUUCCCUAUGCUUCCAAUCCUGUCUCGAACUACUAUGCCCCAACUCAACCUGGAUUGCCUGGCCAGAACGGCGUGAACUACUCGACUGCGCCUCAGCCAUCACCAUAUGGCCCCGCUCCAGUUCAAGGACAUGCACCACCAGCACCAUAUCAGCAGGAAUCUCAGUACACUCAAUCUCAGUAUGCUCCUUACACUCCACAGCUGCCACAGCCGCAGCCCCAGCAGUUGCAGUCCCAACCUCAUCUUCAGGGUCAGCAGCAGCCGCUCACUUUUGAUCAGGCAUAUACGAACCAGGGCCCAGUCCAGUCGCAAUCUUCUGUGGACUAUGGAGUCAAUGGUAUCCACCAGCAACAACAGCAACCGCAGCAGGCAUCGCAGCCCAUUCAGCAGCAACAGCUAUCGCCAGUGCAGACAUUCCAAGGAUACCAGCAGCAGCCUACCACGAAUGAUUUUGCUAACCAGCAACCGCAUCAACAGCAGCAACCGCAUCAACAGCAGCAACCGCAUCAACAGCAGCAACCGCAUCAACAGCAGCAACCGCAUCAACAGCAGCAACAGCAGCAGCCAUCGUUUGCCCCUCAGCAACCGACUCAUUCAGAUGGUCAGGGCAUGUAUGCCCCACAGCCUCCAACGCCCUUUGUGCAGCAAGCAAACGGAUACACCCCUCAACCCCAGUUUGCUGCUGCACCAUCCUUCCAAUAGUUAACAGUCAUUAGCACGACAAUAAAAAGAAUAUCAUUC